GUCCUACAAAUGUUCCGGCCCGGCGACAUGGAAGCCGGCGAGGCCGCGCGCGCCGACCGGCCUCCGCUAGCUCCGCCGCUCGGCGUGUCCCGCGCUUGCCUCCGUCAGGAUCACGCGGCCGCCCAGCAGCGCGGGCUGCUCGGGGCUCUAGUUCGCCCGGAGAUGCUCCCGCGGCAGCGCCGUCCGCGCCGGCGUCCGGGAAGCGGUGGUGAGGAAUGGCACCUCGACGCCGAGCGCCACUGCUUGCGAGCUUGCUGGUUGUCAACCGCGGCCGCGCUCUAGGUGCUCGCCGCUUUGCCUGCAAGAAUGGAGGGCGGCGCGCGGUGUGUGCCCUGCGCCGGGAGCCUUGACGAGGAACCAUGAAACGGACAUGCCGUGUGCGACGGGAAGCGUUUCUUAAACAGACCAGCUAUUGUUUCAAAACAUGUCUUUCGAAAAAAUUGUUUCAAAACAUUUGCAUUCAAAUUCGGAUUGAAUUCCUUGGCCUCCCCCGGCCGGCCUGCCUCCCUUCUUUUUCCCCGUUCUGUCUCGGGCACACGAGGGCACGGCGACAACUAGGGUUGCCCCUGCGGCCGGCGGCGAUCCAGCCAUGGCGACGACGUCGACGGCGACGCAGCAUCAUGCCGGCGCGGACGGCGCGCCGCCGCGGCCCGGAGAAGCUGGAUUCGAAUUACAACAGUACGUACCCUCCCUCGUCUGCUCGGGUUCCUGAGAGAAAAGAUCCGCACGAUAUUCGGGCCAAUCCAAAAGUUCAGCUUGCACAGGCCAAGAGGUUUGCAACGGGUGUCUUGGAGCACUACAAUAAAAGGAAAAAGAUCAAAUUUGAGCUCUUGGAUGCCAAGCCUGUGAUCAGUAUACCUGAGCCACGAUGUUGUUACACACACAUUAACUUUACUGCAAGGACCAGCAAAGAAGAUUCGGAGGAACAACUUUUCUUCGCUGAGAUUUACCACUGUGGCCCAAGGCGGGCUCCAAAUGGCUUCAUUGUCACUUGCUUGGGACAAAACAUUUCGCGAGCCGGAUUGUACCUCGGUGGUGAGGAAGAAUGCUGAUUUUACAUAUUGCUUUGCCUGCACCGAGAGAAAGUUGCACCCGAGGGGCGAAAGUUAUGUCGCUGGGCACUGCAACAUCCCACGCAUCUACGACUAUGUGCGUUAGUAGUGUAUAUCUGGGCCACGCUAUAUCUAGCACAGUGAAGGAGCAUAUGGAACUCUGUAGUCUAUGCUAUUGCAUUUUAGCACAUUACUGCUGCAGAGUACUGACACCGUCAUCGAUCCCAGGUUUAACCUCACCUUUCCACUCGAUAAAAGGCCCCAGUUUCUUGGGGGUGCUGGGUUUUCUAAAUCAAUUAUCAGAAUGAAAUAAUUCAUUUCCCUUUAGUUUUCUGAACACCAGCGUACUUACAAUGGCUGUAGGGAAAAAACACA